GAGCCCCCGAGCCCUGCCAGCCUUCUGUGUUAUGUCUAUGAGGAGUGCGAGGCGGCGCUGAGGGGGAGCCUCACUAAGGGAGAAGGAGCGGCGGCGGCGGCGGCGGCGGCGGCCGCGCUCGAUCCGUUAGCCGGGCGGCGAGGAAGAGGAGGACGCCGCCGCCGCCUCCUCCUCUUUCCUUCCUCCUCCGCCGCCAGAGAAGGAGGAGCGGCUUGCCUGCCUCCGCCCGCCCUGAGGGGAUCCACCCGGCGGCGGCGGCAGCAACAGCAGCAACAGCCACAGCGGCGGCUCCCCUGAAGAGCGCGCGCGCGCACCUUUUCGUUUGUCGUCGCCGCCCGCCUCGUUUUUCCCGCACCACCUCCUUUCCCCCCCCCCCCAUCUUCAUUUCUUUGGCCCGACGCGGGCGGGCGAGCGAGUGGGAAGGCGGAAGCGGCAGCCCCUCCCGCGCCGAGUGGCGGCCGCUGCUGCUGCUGCUGCUACCGUCGCCGCCGCCGCCCUUUCCUCUCUGCCGAUCGGAGGGAGGGGGCUUCGCGGAGGAUCUCGGCGGGAAGGAAGGAAGGAAGGAAAGAAAGAAGGAAGGAAGGGGGGGAAAAAAAAAGAAAAAAAAGAGGGCGGGCGGGCGCCUCCGCCGCCGCCGCCGCCGGGCCCGCCCCCCUCGGCGCCUGUGCGGCUGCUGCUGCUUGUGCUGCCCCGCUCGGCCCGGCUAGACAUGCCCCGCUCUGGAGGCCGGGCUCGCCGAGGAGGACCAUGACUGCGGCGGCGAACGGGGCGAGCCUGGAGGACUGUCACUCCAACCUCUUCUCGCUGGCGGAACUGACAGGCAUCAAGUGGCGUAGGUACAACUUUGAAGGUCAUGGAGACUGUGGACCUAUUAUCUCAGCCCCUGCUCAAGAUGACCCAAUUCUCUUGAGUUUCAUCCGAUGUUUGCAAGCCAAUCUCUUGUGUGUCUGGCGCCGUGAUGUCAAACCGAAUUGUAAGGAGCUAUGGAUAUUUUGGUGGGGAGACGAACCGAACCUGGUAGAUGUAAUACACCAUGAGCUACACAUGAUCGAAGAGGGAUUUUGGAGAACGGGCUUUCGUACGAAUGCAGGACGCUGCUUUUCAAGGCAAUCCACAAUCUGUUGGAAAGAUGCCUGAUGGACAAAAACUUUGUCAGGAUCGGGAAGUGGUUCAUCCGUCCAUACGAAAAAAAUGAGAAGCCUAUUAACAAAAGUGAGCAUUUGUCCUGCGCCUUCACAUUCUUCCUCCAUGGGGAAAGCAACGUGUGCACAAGUGUGGAGAUCGCACAGCACCAACCGAUCUACCUUAUCAGUGAGGAGCACCUACACAUGGCCCAGUCAUCUCCCAUGCCUUUUCAAGUGUUGAUCAGUCCGUACGGCUUAAGUGGUACUUUAACAGGCCAAGCUUACAAGAUGUCCGACCCGGCGACCAGGAAGCUAAUUGAAGAAUGGCAGUAUUUUUAUCCCAUGGUGCUGAAGAGGAAGGAGAGCGUGAAAGAGGAAGAGGAGCUGGGAUACGACGAUGACUUUCCCGUGGCCGUAGAAGUCAUUGUUGGUGGUGUCCGAAUGGUAUACCCUUCUGCCUUUGUUCUUAUCUCUCAAAACGACAUUCCCGUGUCUCAGAGCACUUCCACGCCAGGAAGCCACAACAGCGUGGCACAGCAAGGAGCUGGAACCUUGAAAGACACCAGCAGUUGUGGAAUGUUGCUCACCCCACCCACUUCUCCGGAACAGACCGUCAUAGGUGACAGUGGAGGCAUUCCAACCAUCGUCAAUCAUUCAGCUGCACCAGAUGGAAUGGUCACUAUGCAGAGUCCCAAAAAAUCGGGGAAGAUCCCGCCCAAAUUUCAGAACUGUAUGGUCCACCGAGUUUGGAAAGAAUGCAUCCUCAAUAGGACACAGUCCAAAAGGAAUCCCGUUCCCGCUACCAAUAUGGAGGAAGAUGCCCCCGUCAGCUGUGUUUCUUGGGAUUUUGUGGAUCCAGCCCAAAGAGUCCCCUGCUCUUGUUCCAGGCACAAACUCCUGAAGCAACGCUGUGCUGUCGGCUCCAGUCGUCCACCCACGAUAUCGCAGCCGGGGUUCGGAGGGGGAACCUCCUCCUCUUCCACUUUACCCCCUCCUACCUCUAAGCACAAAACCACCGAGAGGCAGGAGAAAUCGGAGAAAGUUCAGAAGAGGUUGUUGCUGCCAUUUCAUCAUCGUCCCUCGGUCACCGAAGACCUGUGCCUGGAGCAGGACCCUUCGGGACAGAAGCUGGCCUUGGCCGGAGUGGAACCUUCCUUAGAAGCUGCGAGUAAUAGGAAGUACGAGAAGCAGCUGUCCCUGCCUCCCCGACACCCGAGCAAGCCAGCCAAUUCGAAUCCUAUGGAUUCUCCCCGUUCCCCCAUAUCUCCUCUGCCUCCGACCCUCAGCCCCCAGCCCAGGGGACAGGAAUCCGACACUUUGGAUCCGUCGUCCGAUCCUGGCAACCCGACCCUCUACAGCAAUGGAUUAGAACUUCAGCCCAUGGCCAGCGCGGAGGAUCGGACGGUCCUCGUGGGUCAAAGGUUGCCUCUGAUGGCCGAAGUCAGCGAGACAGCUUUGUACUGCGGGAUCGUACACCACCAGGAGUCAUCCAACAAAUGGCAGGGAUAUUCUCUUCCUCUCCCCAGCAAUCUAGAAUUCAGGCCUCCGGAACUCCAGUGUGAGAUCCACGACCUCAAGAUGGACAUGGCAUUGGAAAACAGUCCGCUGAAAAGGUUCUUAGCACAGCCUAAUAAAAGAUUUAAAAUCAUGGAGGAGACCCUACCUGUUCAAGCAGUAAAUUAUCUGGACCCCUCACCGCUAAUUCCUCAAUCUGGCGAAUGCUUGGGAGAUGCCACUGAUCCAUACACGUUUCAGGACGGGGACAUCAAAUACAGCUUCACUGGCACUAAAAAAUGCAAACUUGGGACUGACAGAGAAUCUCUGAAGAAGAAUAAGCCAGAAGACGGAACUGCAGCUAAGGAGCUAACUUCAGGAGGCCAUUCAACCACCAUGCCAGAUGGGAAAGAUGCAAUGUCCAUCUUCAGUUCUGCACCUAAGACAGAUACGCGGCAAGAUAAUUCGGCUGGCCGAGCUGGUUCUGGUAGCUUAACACAAGUUACUGACUUGGCCCCUUCUCUUCACGAUUUGGAUAAUCUCUUCGAUAAUUCAGAUGAAGAUGAGCCUGGUGCUGUCUCCCCCCCACUCCGAUCAUCAAAAUUGCCACCGGUGGGAGCUGAAGAGCGGCAUCUAAGCAAGGAUGCAAGGACAGCAGUUCCUUAUCCCCCGACCGUUGCAGACCUGCAGCGAAUGUUCCCCACCCCGCCUUCCUUGGAGCAGCACCCGGCUUUUUCACCUGUCAUGAGCUACAAAGAUGGCAUCAGCUCGGAGACCGUCACCACGCUGGGGAUGAUGGAAAGCCCUGUGGUCAACAUGGUUGCGGCUCAACUCACCGAGUUUAAAAUGGAAGUAGAAGAUGGUUUGGGCAGUCCGAAGCCGGAAGAAGUCAAGGAUUUUUCCUUCGUGCACAAGGUAUCCAUGUUUCAGCCCUUUAUGGGUUCUUCCAUGUUUGCCCCGCUGAAGAUGCUGCCCAGCCAGUGCCUGCUCCCACUGAAAGUCCCCGAAGCCUGCGUCUAUCGGCCUUCGUGGGCCAUUCCUCCCAAAAUCGAGCAACUUCCUUUGCCACCUGCAGCCGCUUUCAUCCGGGAUGGUUACAACAACAUACCCAGCGUCGGAAGCUUGGCCGAUCAAGACUACCUUCAAAUGAACACUCCGCAAAUGAGCACUCCGGUCACGCUAAAUAGCACCGCGCCUGCCAGUAACAGCGGGGCGGGGGUCUUGCCGUCCCCGGCCACCCCUCGCUUCUCUGUCCCGACCCCACGCACACCCAGGACUCCACGGACUCCGAGAGGUGGGGGCACAGCCAGCGGGCAAGGGUCUGUCAAAUACGACAGCACGGACCAAGGCUCGCCAGCUUCCACGCCUUCCACCACUCGGCCCCUCAAUUCUGUGGAACCGGGCACCGUCCUGCCCAUCCUGGAAGCCCACAGCCUUUACGUCAUGCUUAUCCUCUCCGACUCCGUGCUGAACAUUUUCAAGGAUAGCAACUUCGACAGCUGCUGCAUAUGCGCCUGCAACAUGAACAUCAAGGGCGCCGACGUCGGGCUGUACAUCCCCGACUCGUCGAAAGAGGACCAAUAUCGCUGCACUUGUGGGUUCAGCGCGAUCAUGAACCGCAAGCUAGGGUACAACUCGGGCCUGUUCAUUGAGGACGAGUUAGAUAUUUUCGGCAGGACUUCAGACAUCGGCCAAGUGGCCGAAAGGAGGCUGAUGAUGUGUCAGAACACCGUAAUCCCUCAGCUGGGAGAAGGUGCCAAAAGGGUCCAGGAGCCGCCCGUGAGCCUCCUCCUCCUCCUUCAAAAUCAGCACACCCAACCUUUCACCUCCCUGAGCUGCUUGGACUACAUGUCUGUCACAAGUCGGCCGACGCUGUCUUACACGAGCUGGAGUUACGAUAGGGUUCAGGCUGAGAGCCACGACUCCUGGAACGAGUGCUUUAACGCCCUGGAGCAAGGCCGCCAGUAUGUGGACAACCCCACAGGCGGCAAAGUGGACGAAGCUCUUGUCCGAAGCGCUACCGGUCACUCUUGGCCACACAGCAACGUCCUGGACAUCAGCAUGCUUUCCUCCCAAGACGUGGUGCGCAUGCUUCUCUCCCUUCAGCCUUUCCUGCAAGAUGCCAUUCAGAAGAAGAGGACUGGCAGGACCUGGGAGAACAUCCAGCAUGUUCAAGGGCCCCUCACCUGGCAGCAAUUCCAUAAAAUGGCAGGACGGGGAACUUACGGUUCCGAAGAGUCGCCUGAGCCUCUCCCGAUACCCACCUUGUUGGUUGGCUAUGACAAGGACUUCCUGACAAUCUCUCCAUUCUCCCUGCCAUUCUGGGAGAGGCUGCUCUUAGAUCCUUACGGGGGUCACCGCGAUGUCGCCUACAUCGUGGUGUGUCCAGAAAACGAGGCCUUGCUUGACGGAGCCAAAACUUUCUUCAGGGACUUAAGCGCCGUAUAUGAGAUGUGUCGGCUUGGUCAACACAAACCCAUCUCUAAAGUGUUGCACGAUGGGAUCAUGCGCGUGGGGAAGACGGUGGCCCAGAAGCUGGCCGAUGAGCUUGUGAGCGACUGGUUCAACCCACCCUGGGGCAACGAAGACUGUGACAAUCAUUCCAGGCUCAAACUUUAUGCGCAAGUUUGUCGUCACCACCUAGCACCUUACUUAGCUACCUUGCAACUUGAUAGCAGUCUGCUGACGCCACCCAAGCACCAACCGGCACCUCCAUCGUCAUCCAACGUGGAACAAACCAUAUCCGGGAACGCAGGAUCGGUUUCCUCCAACUCGGCCUGUCUUGGACCUACGGCUCCUUCGGCUGGCACAUCUUUCAGCUCCUCAACGAAUGGGACCACUGGUCUCCCGUUGGGCACCAGUACAGCCCCAGGCUCUUCAGUGCCCCAGCUCUUGGCCUCCUCCUCUUCCUCCUCCUCUUCCUCCUCCUCCUCCAGUAUUAGCCAGACAAGUACUACCUCCUCUUCAGGGUUCAGCGGAGGCCUACCUCAAGGUCAAAACCCAACAUCUGGGGCAGUUCCCUCAGAGAGACCCCAAGGAAGCACAGUCCCAGGAGGAGAUGCCGAGGCAGGGCAGAUCUCAACGCAGCAACCCCAAGAAGGGCAGGACAACUCUGCAGAGAGGGAGAGGAUAGGAAUCCCCACGGAACCUGAGUCUGCGGACAGCCAUGCCUACCCACCGGCUGUGGUCAUCUACAUGGUGGAUCCCUUCACCUACACCACGGAAGAGGAAUCUUCUUCUGCCAGUUUCUGGCUGUUGAGCUUGAUGCGCUGUUACACAGAAAUGUUGGACAACCUCCCUGAAAACAUGAGGAGCUCUUUCAUUCUUCAGAUUGUGCCUUGCCAAUAUAUGCUGCAGACCAUGAAGGACGAGCAGAUCUUUUAUAUCCAGCACUUGAAAUCCCUGGCAUUUUCCGUCUACUGCCAGUGCAGGCGACCGCUACCCACCCAGAUUCACAUCAAGUCCCUGACCGGUUUCGGACCAGCUGCCAGCAUUGAGAUGACGCUCAAGAACUCAGAGCGGCCGAGUCCCAUUCAGCUGUACUCCCCUCCAUUUAUCCUGGCACCUAUCAAAGACAAGCAGACGGAGCUCGGGGAGACGUUUGGCGAAGCAAGUCAGAAGUAUAACGUGCUCUUUGUGGGGUAUUGUCUCUCACACGACCAGCGUUGGCUUCUGGCCUCCUGCACCGACCUGCACGGGGAUUUGUUGGAAACCUGCAUUGUCAACAUUGAUUUGCCAAACAGAUCACGGAGAUGCAAGGUGUCAGCCCGUAAAAUUGGCUUGCAGAAGCUAUGGGAAUGGUGCAUCGGGAUCAUCCAGAUGACGUCCCUUCCCUGGAGAGUCGUGAUUGGGCGCCUUGGACGGCUUGGCCACGGGGAACUGAAAGACUGGAGCAUUCUGCUGGGAGAGUGCUCCCUGCAGACAAUCAGUAAGCAGCUGAAGGAGGUCUGUCGGAUGUGUGGCAUCUCCUCUGCAGAUUCUCCCUCCAUCCUCAGCGCCUGCUUAGUUGCCAUGGAGCCGCAGGGGUCAUUCGUGGUGAUGCCAGAUGCCGUCACCAUGGGUUCCGUCUUCGGCCGGAGCACUGCCCUUAAUCUGCAGUCUUCACAACUGAACACUCCCCAGGAUGCCUCCUGUACUCACAUCCUGGUUUUCCCAACCUCGGCAACCAUCCAGGUGGCUCCUGCAAAUUAUCCCAAUGAAGAUGGAUUCAGCCCUAAUAAUGAUGACAUGUUUGAUCUCCCAUUCCCGGAUGACAUGGACAAUGACAUUGGCAUCCUGAUGACUGGGAACCUUCACUCCUCUCCAAACUCUUCCCCUGUCCCCUCCCCUGGUUCUCCCGGAAUUGGGGUAGGACCAUCCUUUCAGCACAGCCGGAGCCAAGGGGAGCGUCUCCUUUCCCGGGAAGCCCCCGAAGAACUGAAGCAGCAGCCCCUCGCCCUGGGUUACUUCGUUUCCACUGCCAAAGCCGAGAACCUCCCUCAGUGGUUCUGGUCCUCCUGUCCUCAAGCUCAGAACCAGUGUCCCCUCUUUCUCAAGGCAUCCCUGCAUCAUCACAUCUCUGUAGCUCAGACAGAUGAACUCCUUCCUGUCCGGACUUCCCAGAGAGUUCCCCACCCCUUGGAUUCCAAAACCACUUCAGAUGUCCUAAGGUUCGUCCUGGAACAAUACAACGCAUUGUCAUGGCUGACUUGUAAUCCGGCGACCCAGGAUCGCGGCUCUUGCCUUCCCGUUCACUUUGUGGUGCUCACCCAGCUCUACAACGCCAUCAUGAACAUCCUCUAAUAGCGGGAGACGGGGACGAGGCAAACUUUUCUCUUUCCGCUUGAAGAAGAUGGCCCCCUGGCCUGCAAAGAGUUCAGAUCCCGGUCUGAAGAAGCCGGAGCCGUGCUCCCAAUUUUCUCAAGAAAGCAGGAGAAACGUCCUUCAGGGUGUAUCGGAGUCGACCAAAAUGGAAGGGCCCCUUCCGAGCAAGGGUUUUCAGGCAGCACCAGAUGUAUUACAACUUUUAAGGCAGUGUUAAAUUUGGUUGGCUUGAAACUCCCUUUACAGAACCGUUGGACCACGGUGAAGACAAUACGUCUUUCAUUUCAUUCUGUUUUUUUUUUUUCUUCCUCCUCCGUUCUUUUCUCCUUUUUUUCCUCUUUUUUUUUUUUUUUUUCCUUUUCGGUGCACGGAUCUCUGCUGAAGAAGAGCAAAAAACAAAAAAAAACCCCCCCACAAAAACGUUGCAGUGACCAGUUUGGGGUGGCCGUGAAGCUUCUGGCGUUUUCCUGGAAAACCGUUGGCAUCCGCGGGGCUGCGACGAAGAACGGAUUCUACUAGUCGAAAAAAUAUAUGGGAUUUUUAAUUUUAAUUUUUUAUUUUUUUUUUGUACCUGGAGAACUCCUUGACAGAGUGGAUUGGGAUGAAUGAAUGAAUGCGGGGGUGGGGGUUGGGGUGGGUUUACCCUCCCCUCCCCCCCCCGACAUCCAUGUAGAUACGAAUGGUCUGGAGACACGCUGAUGUUUGUCCAGUUUUUAUUGUUUUAUUUUAAUUUAUUUAUAGGGGCUGUUAAAUUAUAGAGGACCAGGUACAGCACGCGAUCCGAUUCCCAUCUCACCGAGCAGUGGGGUUAUUUUUUUAUAUAAUUUUUUUUUUUUGGCAUACCUCUCGCUUUUUAGCCUAGAAACAGGAUGGGGGAGAGGAGUGUUUGGGGCGGGAUGGAGCAGGGAAACAGUUCAAAGGAGCCAUUGAGGAAGAACUCAAAAGAGUCACAUUGUUUUUUUUAAAAAAAAAAAAAGAAAAGAAAUUUUUUUUGAGGAGGGGGGGUAAACCCGCUGAGUUGAGGAGGAGGCCUGCCGAGAAUUGUUUUUUUUUUCUUUUUUUUUAAAGUCAAUCCGAUUAACGACAUCUCAUGCAAAAUAGCCAAGGCCAAUAACGGAAAACACAACGAAAAAAAAAAGCCGCCUCCGAUCUGACAGCAAUCCAGAUGCGUUGGGGAAAUCGUCAUCUCGUCCACCCGGAGCCAUCAGCUGUGGGAUUGUGCGAGGGCAGGGGCUGGGAAUCAUGGGAGGUGUAGUUCAGUGUGGCUGGAAGGGACAUAAAUGGGCUGCUUUGAGUGUGAAACACCCCGCCCCCCCCCCAAAAAAGGGGGGUAGGUGGAAAAACCAUUGAAAGGAAAGUUUAAGGAGGUGUUUAGAAUAGAACAAUAAUAGGGUUGGAAGGGACCUUGGAGGUCAUCUAGUCCAGCCCCCUGCUUAAGCAGGAGAACCUGUCCCAUUCCGGACCAAUGGCUGUCCAGUCUCUUCUUAAAAACCUUCCGGUUUGAUCAAUGCGGAUUUUUUUCCCCCCCUUCUAGCAUCCCACAUUCGGAUGCACCCAAAUUUCCGAAAUGAUGAUGUCUAUAUUCUCCACUCCACCCCCCAAAAUCUCCAUAAGGAGAUUCCCCCCCCCAAAAAAAGCUACUUCAUUACAUUAAUAUGGAAAAUUUAAAAACAAAACAAAACCACCAUGUGGGGGGGAAAAAAAGCAUAAACCUGACUUAUUUAAAAUGUGGCGUCAGGAUUUGAUUUUGUUUGUUUGUUUGUUUUUUUAAAAAAAGCUUAAAGCCAUGAAAUUGUUUGAAUCGGGGGCGUGUCCAAACUUAGCGACUUGAAGGCUGGUGGACUUCGACUCCCAGAAGUCCUCAGCCUGGCCUUGUGGACUUCCACACUCCCGUGCUGACUUGAGGAAUUCUGGGAGUUGAAGUCCACAAGCCUUAAAAAGCUGCCCGCCCCUGAUUUGAAUAACUCCUGGGAUUGGAGGCAUCUAAAUGGGGGCGUUCCCAUUUCUAAGCGUGGGACAGGCCAAGGCUGCUUUAAAGAGGGUGUGUGUGUGUGUGUGUGUGUGUGUGUGUGUGAAAGAGGGCGGGACUUUUGGUCGUCACGGCCACCCUUAAAGGACCCUUUCGCAUUUUUGAAUUUCUUCCAAAUGUCUUCUGGUUAAAAAGAAAAAAGAAAAAAGGAAAAGAAAAAAAAAGAGAGAGAGAGAGAGAGAGAGAAAAUUUCUAUGAAUUUAAAUAUUUUUCUUGAAACGAUAAUGUAAUGUUUAAAUCAGAUUUAUUAUUAUAAUUAUUAUUAUUAUUAUUAUAAUUAUUAUUAUUAAAAAAAAUAAUCCCAUGAACGGUGGGAAAGGAUAGGUCAAAAGACCCUGUAAAUGGAUCGCUCUUAUUAUUCUCUGCUCCAGGCCGCCCAACUGGAGGAGUUUUGCAAUGUAUAGGAGGGGUUGGGGGGGGGAGGGAAAUUCAGAUAUAUGGAAAAACCAUUUGUAUCUAAUGUAUACAGUGUAAAAUGGAUUUUAAAAAGAAAAUAUUACAUUACUAUUUUUUCUUAAAUCGGAAAGGAAAAUUCUCAAGGCCUUUUGAAGCGCAUUAAAAGAUGAAGAUUGUAAACUUGUAUACAAAAACAAAAAAAAAAUUCUUGAUGAGGAAAAAACUAUGUAAAGUUAUCUUUUAACACGGGGGUUAUUUGUUCCCAAGAUUCACCUGAAUUUUGGAUUAUAGUUGGGUUGACUUCUUUUUAAACGGGCUGUUUUUUUUUGUUUUUGUUUUUAAUUAAGGGGUGAUUUCUCUCUCUCUGCCCCCCCCACCUCUCCAGAGAUCCAAUUCUAAUGCAAACAUUAAAAAAAAAAAAACACGAACCCCAUAAUCCAUAAAUAUUGGGAAAGGGGUUAAUAAGGAGUAGUUUUCAUCUGAUGUUGUUUUUAUUUAAUUUUUUUUUUAAGUUAAGAGAAACUGGUAACAUAUUUAUACAUUUUUGUGCAAAAUAAAUGAAUGGCAAUAGAUUUUAAAAGAAAAAAGAAAAAAAAUCUUACGUACCUUCAGUGUGAAAAAAAAAAAAUCUGUAUAUUUCCCUUUAAAUAUGCAUUAUUUUACUUGUGGGUUUUUUACUGAAUUAAUCUGAAAUGUACAAGCCCUGGAUUUCCUACAGAGUGAAGAAAUUAUUUUAUUUUUUUUAAUUUCUAAUUUUAGAAAUCAUACAGAAAUCAGAAUGCGUACAGUCUGAGCAAAAAUGGGGUGGGUUUUGGGGGGGUAGGGGCACGGUUGUCCAGCAUGCUUGUAUGUAUAUUUCCGAACCUUUUUUUAAAUGUAAAGGCUGUACAUUUCUUGGGAGAGUUUGAUUUUGAGUUCUUUUCCUUGAGCAUUUUGCAGUGACCCUCUUUUUAUAUAUAGCCAAUUUGAAACAAAACAAAACAAAACAGACAGAAGAACUGUGUGAAGUUCAUUUUAAAUCUUAACAGUAUAUCGCUGGUACAAUACACUAAAAAAAAAAGAGAGAGAGAGAGAGACUUUGAUAAAAAGAAGAACCAAUAAUUAAAAAAAAAACCUCCAUUUUAAAUGUCAUUCAUAUAUACCUUGUGGAUGAGAGCUAUAUACUUUUACACACUUUUUUAGAUGAAUAAAUUAUUGAAUUACUGAAA